AUGGAGCUCCGUCCACUCCGUGUGAUGAUCUUGCUUAUUUCACUUAUCCGAGUCGGACAAGCUCAAGUGUUUAAACCAGUUCUGUCUGUGGAGCCGAAUUCACCUCAAAUAUUCAGAGGAGAGAGGGUUACACUCACAUGUAGGAUUUCAGGAGGAAAUGGACCGUACUACUGGUACAAAGAUGGUGUUUAUAGUCACGGUUCUGCUGAAAAUUACUACACUAUAAAAGUAGAUCAGAGUCACAGAUACAGAUGUUACGGGUCUAUUGAUGGAUGGUUCACGACAUGGAGUAAUGAAGUGACUCUCUCAGUGAUGGAGAGACCAAAAGCCGUUCUGACUCUGCAGCCUGAUGGACAGAUAUUCAGUGGACAGGAAGUCACUUUCACAUGUGAAAUACGAGGACAUGCAGACACUGAGUGGAUGUACAACUGGAAUAAAGAUGGUGUCCAAAUAUUCUCCUACACUGAGAGCAGUAAAUAUUCAUUCACUGCUGUAGAGUCUCUCAGCGCUAAAUACACCUGCAGCGGACGGAGAAGAAGCGACUCUCAGACCUCAGAGACCAGCAACACUGUUACACUCACUGUGUCAGAAAAACCCAAACCGACUGUGAGAGUGAAUCCUCAGAGCUCCGUCUACACUGGAGACAGAGUUACUCUGAACUGUAAUCUGCUGUCUAAUGGAUGGACUUUUCUCUGGUACAAAGAUCGAGUCCAAGUAGCUGAAGACACCAACACACUCCAUGAUACAGUCUCUAAUGCAGGAGGAACAGUGUAUCAGUGUAAAGCACGCAGAGGAAACUACGACUCAGAGCUCAGUGAUACAGUUACACUUACAGUUAGAGCGCUCCCAAAACCUGUGGUGUCCAUAAAUCCUGAUGAACUGGUGUACAGAGGAGAGACUGUCACUCUCAGAUGUGACCUACAGGAUGAAGAGGACUCUGACUGGAUCUACAGCUGGAAUAAAGAUGGUUCUGGUGUCAGUAGUGAACAGGAGUACAGAAUCAGUAGUGCUGAAACAUCUCAUGCAGGUAAAUACACCUGUAGAGGAAGAGAGAGAGGAGGCUCACACUCCUCACACACCAGUGAUGCUGUUACACUGACUGUAUCAGGUGAAUCUCCUCCAGUGUCUCUGAUCAUCAAUCCCAGCAGAACUCAACACUUUACUGCUGACUCUCUCUCACUGAGCUGUGAGGACCAGAGUGACUCUACUGCAUGGACAGUGAGAGGAUACACACACAGUGAGGCAGUGUCUGAUUGUUCAUCAGUUUCAGGAUCUACAUGUAACAUCAGCUCCCUCUCUACAUCACACACUGGAGUUUACUGGUGUCAGUCUGAAUCUGGAGGACGCAGUAAUCCUGUCAACAUCACAGUGCACCAUGGUCAUGUGAUCCUGGACAGUCCUGUCCAUCCUGUGACUGAGGGACAUCCUCUGACUUUACAUUGUUUAUCUCGCAACUCAAAUACCUCAGCUUCUGGUGUUGAUUUCUAUAAAGAUGGUUCAGUCCUGCAGAACAAGACUACAGGAGAGAUGACCAUCAGUACUGUCUCAAAGUCAGAUGAAGGUUUCUACCACUGUAAACACCCAGAGAGAGGAGAGUCACCCAAAAGCUGGGUUUCAGUCAGAGUUCUAUCAGAUGGAAAAGCUCCACUGUCGGUACUGAAGCUCCUCAGCAGUGCAGUAGCGGCCUCUCCGUAUGUGCUGGUGACCAUCAUUCUGGCAGUGAAAUGUUACAGAGCUCGAACUGACCCUGAUGAGGACAACAGACCGUACAGAGUGAUAGAAGCUGAAGCGUCUGUCUGAGUCUCAGGUGUUUACGUUAUUUUUUAUCAUCUAGCGUUUAUAUAACAGCAGCUCCCCGUGCAACAGAGAACACUGCAUUUAGCCCAUGGAGCUGUAACGUGAUGAACGAACGACUCUGACACGAAGACUCGAGAGCUGAAAUAAUCAUUUCUGUUUCCGGGGAACAGACGUGAGAAAUGCGACGUGACAAAAGAAAGAACGACUCGGAUCGGGAGGUGAGGUGAACUAACAGACUGUAUAGCCUGAAGACCUAAUGCUAAGCUAUUAAUUAAUCAUUUCUCUUUCUCAUAAUUUGGCCUUGGCUGCAAUAGCCUAUACUUUAUUUUUUAUUCCAAAUGUUAUCAACGUUUGCGUAAGUACUAGAUGUGUUGGUGAAUUUAACAUGUAACAUUUUAAUUAUAUUCUGCUGAAAUGAAAGAAAUGACUUGAAAAAAGAUUUGUUCAUUUUGCUGAACGAGAUUCAAAGAUCCGAGUCAGUAAAAUGGUCCGAACUUCCCAUCACUACUGCUCACUGCAGAGCCAAAUAGAUGGAGCUGGACGUCUAGCUCCACCUCUCUUGAUCUAGUCUAGUAAUCUAUGGAUCUAGUCUAGUUCCACCUCUAUGGUUCAUUUCGCCAUCUACUGGCUGUUAAUGUCAAUGCAAGCCCUUCAUUAGAUCAAACUUACCUAAAGGGGAAAAAAUGUUGAUUGUUAAUGCACGAAGGUUAGGUCAAAGUAACCAUGAGACUUGCAUGGAACUGGAGAUGCUGGCAUAGCUAAUAUUGCCUCAUCUUUCUUUAACAUUUUUCAUGAUUUCAUGAUUUUUCUGCACUGUUUCUGUGACAAACUAGACUACCUUCUUUUUUCCCCCACUGUAUUUAGGCUAUGUAAGCUAUUUGUGAAUUUUCUCAGUCAUGUGAUUCAUUAAUGUAAUAAAGUAUGCUCCUAAUAUGCUCUUUGCUUUUAAACAUGGGAACUGAGUUACCCUUGCAGGUGUGAUAAUAAAUAAAUAAAUAAAUAAAUAAAUA